AUGGCACGCACCCACGCCCGCUCUGAGAGCCCCGCGCCCGCUGCAGAGACGGAGGCCGAGCCCGCCCUGCUGAAGAGGAUGAAGAUGAGCCAUAUUUCCAACCCGGACGCCGUAGCGGAGCGCUUUGCGAACGAUCUCUUCAGUCCUACCAACAUCCACCGCCUCCAUACCGAGUAUGAGACCAGCCAGCCCUACAAGCACGUCGUCGUCGACAAGCUCUUCCAGGACGAACUCCUCCAGAACGUGAAGGACGAGGCGCUGUCCGAGCUGAGCUUCGCGGAGAAGGAGACGGACAUCUACAAGGUCAAGCAGACCGGCGACCUCGCGUCGCUCUCCUUCCUCACCGACGAGCAGCGCGCGCUCCUCCCGAGCCUCCUCACCCUCCGCGAUGCGCUCUACUCUUCAAAAUUCCGCUCGUUCCUCCGCGCGGUCACCGGCUGCGGGCCCCUCUCCGGCACGAAGCAGGACAUGUCCAUCGUGUCCUACUCCAAGUCCUGCCAUCUCCUGAACCACGACGAUGUCAUCGGCACACGGCGCGUGUCGUACAUCCUCUACAUGCCCCUCCCGCACUACAUGGGCUGGCAGAAGGAGUGGGGCGGCGCCCUCGAGCUGUACCCGACCAAGCCCGGGCCGGACGGCGUGCUCGAGCCCGAGCCUGUACCGAGCAAGAACAUCCCGCCGAGCUGGAACCAGUUCGUAUUCUUCGAGGUGCAGCCGGGCCAGAGUUUCCAUUCAGUCGAGGAAGUCGUCGUGGGCGAGGGAGAGGAUGGCCGGGAGAGGCUGAGUAUCAGUGGUUGGUUCCAUGCUGCACAACCAGGUGAAGAGGGCUACAUACCAGAGAUCAACCCGCCCGAGUUCAAGAGCUCGCGAGAGCAGCUGGCGUCGACGUCAACGGAAUUCAAGUCAUAUCCCGACACCAUUGACCCGCCUCUUCCAUCUGAGCCCCUCUCGGAAUCCGACGUCUCCUUCCUCUCCGAGUUCCUCAACCCCGUCUACCUCCAACCGCGCACGAUGAAAGCACUUGCACAGCGCUUCGUCGACGAAUCCUCGCUCGAGCUGCACGAACUCCUUUGCGCACCGCUCGCCGCGAAGCUUGAGACCGGGCUCCGCGCCGCAGACGCAGCCGACGGGCUUGGUCCAUCCCGCCUAACACCUAUCCCGCCGCACUCAGCAGGCGCACAGGGCGCGUGGACCCUGAAAGGUCCCCCGCAUAAAUGGCGGUACUGCACGCUACGCGAGGCCGCGAACGGGACGAGCAGCAAAGCGGACCCACGGUGGGCACACAGCGAACCGGACGAGAUCGUGCGCGCACUGCAGGACGAGCUCUUCCCGAGCGCAGCCUUCCGCGCGUGGCUCGCGAUCGUCACAAGCUUGUUGCCUCUGCGGUACUCGACUAUGGCGCGACGCUUCCGACCGGGAAUGGACUACACGCUUGCGACGGGAGAGACGAAGGAGACGCGGCUCGACGUGGUGCUGGGACUGACGCCGCAGUUCAGCGCAGCGGACGUGAACGGAGAAGCGGAGGAGAGCGAGGAGGAUGCGUUGGGUGGGUGGCAGACGGGUGAGUGGGGUGGCUGGGAGUGUUAUAUGGCCCCGCACGACGAGGAAGAUGAUCCGGCCGUCUACCGGUCUGGAUCGAAGAAAAAGAAGGCGAACGGCACUGCCAACGGCGAGAGCACGAGCAACGGCCACGGAGCCUCGAACGGCAACGGGAAUGGUAAUGGCAAUGGCCAUACGGACCCCGAGGCGAUGGACGAGGACUCCGAUGACGACGAGGACGACUCGGGCACGCUGCUGACUGUCCAGCCUGGGUUCAAUCGGCUGCUGCUCGUCCUCCGCGACGAGGGCGUCAUGCGCUUCGUCAAGUAUGUCUCUGCGGCGGCACAGGGCUCGCGAUGGGACAUCUGCGGCGAGUUUGAGAUCGGGAUGGUCCAGGAGGAGGAGGACUGA